AUGGAGAAACGUACUUUCUUGAACUCUCAGGGCACAUUCAGUGUGGAUUCCCUGAGGUGCUUGAGCUCUGCACCCAGCUUUGAUGACAGUGGGAAAUUUUACUGCCCUUUUUGUGCAUAUUCUCAUGCAAUUUCGAAGUACUUUGAAGUCAAGAAAAAGGCGUCUUUAGCUAGGAAAGAUCUCGCUGCUUUCAUUGGAUUGGAGAAUGGACAUCGGGCAAACAAACUUUGUAAGAGAUCUCUUAGAUCAGAGCAAAAUCAGUUGAGACGAGAUGACAACGUGAAUGGAAACAAUCAAACAAACUACAAUGGAAACCAUGUAGAUGAAGUCAAUAGUUCUCAAUACAGAGAAAAUGUAGAAGCUAAGCAACAAGCAGAACCUUCAGUAUCAGGCUUUAAUGGCAAUCUAUCUUGUCGAGAAGGUGGUGUGACCGUAAAUGAUGGAACACUUGCGGAGACACAACAGAUUGAUGAACGGUCUGGUUCUAAGCUUCAUGAAGAUAAUCCAUCUUGCAGAGACGCAGAGAUUGUCGAUGUGACCAAGAUACUUGCUGGAGAUGGAAAGCAACAGGAAGUUUUACAACAACCGAUUACUGAUUCAACCCAAAAAGCUGCAUGUCCACCGAAUGCUGAUGCAGAGGAAAGUUCUGAAGAAGAAAAUGAUAAGACCUCUUCUAAUUACUCCAGAUCACUCAGAAGAAAAGAAAAAAAGUAGUGAGUUUGUCGUAUUUGUAGAUGAUAGGGGUGUUUAUUUUCUGCAUGUCUAUGCUAAAGUAAAUCACUCUAUUCUAA